AUGGACUGGCCGCUGGAUACAGAAACAAUUGCAAAGCUCCCAGAGACUACAGUUACCUUUUACUGCAUCAAGCGGAGUGAAAAGUACGAUACGCAGAAACCAUAUUUCUACUCAGGUACUCUCCCCGCAGACCAAGAAGAGAACAGAACAAACUUGGAAUACACCGCUGUCCCCAACGUCGUCCUCCGAGACUUACGUGGCUACGAAAGAGACCUCGAUAUAGAGCAACACGGUUUCCAAUUCCUUGACCGGCGAUUGAUUUCGGAAACUGAAUGUAGGAGGGAGGAGGAUGUACAAGGAUUCAUGCUUGGGAUCUCCAAGUUUACGGAAGAGAGGUUUGCAGCUGAGCUUGUAUUGUGCUACGACUAUAAUUUUCGCCGCAGCUCAUGGGAUUCACUAGCACCAGAAGACAAACAAGUCCCAUCCGUAACAGGGAGCCACUCACUACCAGAAAAACCAGCGAAAACCCCACACGUAGACCACACAAGAACCAACGGCCUCAAACGCGCAGCAGUCCACCUCAUGAAGCCCGAACGAGAAAAAUACCUCGAUGGUACUUGGCGUAUCCGUAUCAUGAACUUUUGGCAACCACUCCACUACCCAGUCGAAGAUGCACCACUAGCUUUAUGCGAUUACUCCUCUAUCGCGGAAGAAGAUCUCGUGGCUGUCGAUAGAGUCUCGCCAACUUAUGCUGGAGAGGUCUAUUAUGUGAGGCAUCAUAGCGGGCAGCGGUGGUACUGGCUCAGCAAUCAGACUCCGGACGAGACUACGUUGUUUCUUAGUUUUGAUUCGGAUCCUGAGCUUGGGAUAGGCCCUCCUUUUUGCCCACAUGGCUCGUUUCGUCAUCCUAUGGCUACGGAAGCAACGCCGCCGCGGCAGAGUAUUGAGGUUCGAGUUAUUGUUAUCACUAAGAAAGAGGACUAA